CAUAUAUGAAUAUUGUACCUUUGAUGUAGUGACAUCUCAGAUUCAAGCCAUGGCUGAGGAUGUCCAACCUUUACUAGCUGAUGUUCGUGAUAGUGGCUUACUGAAGGAAGUUGAGAGUUUGACGAGAAGUUUGACACUAGCUUCUGAGGAUAUAAGGAGAGUACACUCCACGGUCAUGACUCCUGAGAACACUGAAUUGGUACGGAAGUCCAUAUAUACGCUGGUCUUCACCUUGAAGAAUAUUGAGAGCAUUAGCUCCGAUAUUAUGGGAUUCACUGGCGAUGAAGCUACUAGGCGCAACUUGAAAGUGCUUAUCAAAACACUAAGCAGGUUAUUGUAAGGUUGGCAGAAUGUUGAAUCAGAUAAAUGGCUUGCAAUAUUUGCCUAAGUGGUUCCAGAAAACCACAAAGCUUACUCUGUUUGGCAACGAGAGUCCCAUGGGGCUAUGUGUUACACAGGGUUUAUGGCUGGUUUCUGCUAAUCUGGUCAGUAGUUUACAACUUUUGAUCUGUAGGAUUUUUAGGUGUGAAGGCUUCCUUUUCAAAUUCCAUCUGUGUAAUGUCAUUGAAGAUUGUCUCAUAAGUAUGAGACUGAAAUUUGAUUCUUCUGUCACAUUGCUUUCAGUUUCCUAAUAUCAAUUCUUGUCCAACCGAUAACACAUUUGUAUUAUUUUUUGUCUCAUGGAAAUUCCUAUAUAUGGUUUUUGAAA